UCUCUUCUACACCGAUUCAUUUCUUGUGGGAGGGGUUAAGCUAGGGUUUUACUAAUUGCAAAACCUCCAUCUUAUUUCUGUAUCGUCUUCUUCUUCCCUCUUCUUCCUUCAAUUUUUCUUCAAGAUGGGAGGAAAUCAGGCAGCUAUGUCAUUUCUAGGUAACAUAGCCAAGGUCGCGUUUUCCUUCGGCCUCGGCGGAUCACUUCUCAGUUCCUCCCUCUACACCGUUGACGGUGGACAGCGAGCCGUCAUAUUCGAUCGUAUUCGAGGUGUUCUCGGUGAAACUGUCGGAGAAGGAACUCAUUUCCUCAUUCCCGGUCUUCAGAAACCCUUCAUCUUCGACAUCCGUACUCGUCCUCACACCUUCUCUUCCGUUUCUGGUACCAAGGAUCUUCAAAUGGUACAUCUCACUCUUCGAGUUCUAUCUCGUCCUAACGUUGAAAAUCUCCCCUGGCUGUUCGUUAAUUUGGGUACUGAGUACGACGAGAAGGUCCUUCCUUCAAUCGGAAACGAGAUCCUAAAGGCUGUUGUAGCUCAGUUCAACGCCGAUCAACUUCUUACCGAACGUCCACAAGUCUCCGCCAUGGCUCGUGAGAGCUUGAUUAAGCGAGCGAGUGAGUUCAAUAUUGUGCUAGACGAUGUGGCGAUCACCCAUCUGUCUUACGGAGCUGAGUUCUCUAAGGCUGUGGAACAGAAACAAGUUGCGCAGCAGGAGGCAGAGCGUUCUAAAUUUGUGGUGGCUAAAGCUGAACAAGAGAGGCGUGCUGCGAUUAUUAGAGCUGAAGGAGAGAGUGAAUCCGCUAAGCUUAUUUCAGAUGCAACUUCUGCUGCAGGUAUGGGUUUGAUUGAACUUAGGAAAAUUGAGGCUUCUAGAGAAAUUGCUGCUACUCUGGCUAAGAGUCCGAAUGUUGCAUAUGUUCCUCCUGGUAUGAACAUGCUAUUGGGAAUGAAUCCUGGACGUUGAAUUGGGAUUUGAUGGCCCUGAAAGAGGAGAGACUUCCAUUUGUGGCUGAUCCAACUCCUUUUUUCUACUGUCUUUUUCAUCUUGGAUUGACAUUUAUUUUCAUAUGUAUUUUGUUCAUCAGAUUAAUAACCCAGCUUUCUUGCUACUUAUUUUUACAAGGAAUAUGAGCACACUCUUCUAUUUUGUU